CAACCUCACCUCACCUCAACCUCAACCUCAACCUCAUCCUCAUCCUCAUUCCUCUACCAACGCCACUCGUUAUGGACGCCACUCUACUCCUCGACCGCUCCGCCGUGGCCGCCACCUCCCCCAAGCCUAAGCCCAAGCGUCCUUGCUGCUCCCCCGAGCCUAGACCCAUACCAAUCCCGAACCAAAAUCCCGUCGAUAUGCUUCUGGAAUCGUUUUUAGCUCUCUUGGAUUCAUCUACUGUCAAUCUGGACCUUGCGCUUGACCGCAUACUCGAUUCCAGUGCUUGCGAAUCCGACAAAAAUGAUAUGAUAGGACGCGCACUCCGACUCGGAUCCGCACUUACCGAAGCCGCCAUGAGAUCCACCAGAAAACGCGCUUCCAUGCAUAACUCCGUCGCUUGGGCCCUCUCUCCCGAUCUCACUAUCAAAGUUUUUUCUUUGCUCGAUACACAAAGUGUAUGUCAUGCUGCAGCUUCAUGCUCCUUUUUCCGGAAGUGUGCUGUGGACCCUUUAUGUUAUUCUAAUAUUGAUUUGACAACGGUAGUCCCAAAGGUCAACAAUAUGGUCGUUUCAACGAUGAUUCAACGUGCUGGAAAAGUUCUACGGUCUCUUAAGCUCGGGGUUGUUCCCAGCUCCCCUAAUUCAUCAGUUGGUACUUCUCAAGCUCUUGUUUAUUCCAUGAGGAAUACAACGGAUGCAUCAGGAUUUUCGUGGAAUGAUAAGAGGUCUAGACAGGGUAAAGAGUCAUUUAUUCUUUCAAGGUCUUGCUUGGCACCAUUGAUUGCUGAUGGUGGUGCUCCAGGGGCGCUUUUGAGAAGGUUACACCUUUACAAUAUUGAAAGAAUGGACAACACAGCAUUUGGUGUAGCAUUAUCUGCUUGCCCCUCUCUGCUUGAUCUUGAAAUUGUUGGCCUUCAUGUUGAACUGAGGCAGACGCUGGAGUCGGUGAGCAGACAUUGUCAUCUGAUAGAGCGCCUGUUUUUUGAAUCAUCCAAAACAGGUAGAGAUGAUAGUUUGAAAUUGCCAACAUGCAAUGAUCUUGUGAACAAUUGUCCCCAUCUAACUUCAUUGGCACUCAGAGGAUUCAAAUUGCACGACUUUAAAGCUCGUGUACUUGUCAAGGGAUUCCGCAAAUUGAAGCAUGCUGACUUUUCAACAUCCUACUCAAUCACUGGUGACUUUCUUAGGAAUCUUGGUGGAAGCUCACUGGAGGUGUUGAUUUUACGGGAUUGCAUUCAUUUGAGGGAAAUGGAGGUUUCACGGUUGCUGUCGGCAAUUCUUGCAGGACGCUUCAAGCACCUUACACAUCUUGACAUAUCCAAUCGUGAGGGCUUAGCAUCUGAUGGCGAUUGGUAUCAUCGAUCUUUCACCACAGGUUUCAUGUCAUUAGAGCAAGUAUUGGAAGAGAGGCCUAAUCUGAAAAUUGUGGCAGAUUUCCCUGCAGAAGGAAGUUUCCUUGAAGAGCAGACAACCAGCAGUGACAUGAAUAGUGAUGUCAAUUCACUUUCAUUGUUGAGUAGUCAUACGUCUGAUGGGUUGUUUACAAGUUCAUCCGAUAGCAGUUACAACAGUGAUCAAGGAAGUGGCAAUGAGGGUAGUCCAAGUUCCAGUCAUGCAAUUCAAGAAGAAAGUUCAGAUGAAGUCGAUUACUUAUAGAGACAGUUGAACAUGAAGAUUGGUUAAGCAUGACCACCGUAUAUUCUUGUGCAAAAUUUGCAACAUGCUAGGAAACGGCAAUGGGCUGUUCAAUCAGUCAACAAGGAAUUCCUCAUUGGAACCUGUUUUAUAGGGUAUCAACACGUCAAUUCCACCUGCUCCUAGGGGUGUAAACAAGCAAAGUCAAGUUGAACAAUAAUUUGUUGAAGCUGGUUUCAAUUUGUUAAUGAGCUUAAAAUUGAGUUCGAGUUAGGAUUCAUAUCUAGAGAGCUUUAGCCUAUCCAUGCACGAUUUGAGCUCUGAUAACUUGGUGUUCUAAGUCAUUAUUUUUCAACAUAUUGAGUUGGACUUGAUAAAUUAACAAAUGUAGAAGCCUUGAAGAUUGAUUUCUUAUGCUUCAGCGAGCUUUUAGAGACAGAUCUUGUGCCGGGAUUUGAGUAGUUUGGUUUCAUUAGUCUUUCAUUGUCAUUGAUGUGGGUUUUCUCGUUGUGCAGGAACAUGUGCUGCAGUAGAUUGUAGUGCUCAAGCACUAAAGGAAGGCUGAGGGAGCAAUUUCAUCGUUUCAUCAUCAUCGCAGUCUUGCAAAUGAUUAUUGAAAUUUAAGCCAUCGAAGGGGUAUCCCGAGCUUGUCAAAAUUGUGAGGGGAUUUUUCUACUUCCAAGUGUGGGACAUAACAUAUAAGCAGCAACUAAAAUUUUUGCAAUUAGAUUUCGAUGCACUUGUCAAAAUUCAUUUAGUUGACAUGAAUUAUAGUAUCUAUGCUAUCGAAGUAUUGGAGUAUAAGAUACUCCAACGUAAUUUUAACUUAUGUUUAUUGACGUUAAAUAUAAUUUAUUUUUGAUUAUUAACUAAAAAGAUCUCUGAAAUUGAAGCUGAUGAGCCA